CAGCACCAGAAAUUGCGGCUGUUACAGCCUUGAAGAAACUCAGUGGAGUGUUUAUAAAUGUGAUACGACACCGAGUAGGCAUACAGUUCAAACAUCCCACGGAAGGGUACGAGACAUUGCCGCACAUUGGGAAGAAAGUGCUUCAAAGAGUAGCUGUGCGAUUUGGCGGAAAUCUUUUCAGCAUCAUGGUGACCCUAGCAGUCGCAAUUGCUUUGAUUGCUGCGUUCCAGCUUGGCUGUGCUGCUAAUAGCGAUUAUAAUCUUGUUACAGCACGCUGUGACAACACUCCAGAGAUUGACUGGACAGGGUCCAUCAAUGCCUACCUGCGGCGCAUACCAGAAUCGAUCCCCAUAUCAGGAAGCAAGGAAAAGACCUGGAUAAUGGGCUUCAAGACUUCUACCCCUGAAGUGACGGGUCUCGGUAGCCUGUGGGCUUACAAGCCGCCCUACAGUUUUUGCGUGGCGAAUCGCACUCUCAUUGAGGUUGAGGCGUUCGCCGACGAUCCAUUGCGCAUCAACGUAGAGUGGAAGAGCUGCACCGGCAGCACCGGAAAGCUGGGAACUACGAUUUCGACUGCCAGGCUCCGGCUCUACUUUGCUGUUCAUCCGACCCCCGAGGAGCCGCACCAAAUUCAGCUUUAUAACAUCGCACCCGAAAGCAUCGACGACGCACGGCUGUACGUGUCAGGAACCAAUCCAGGGUUGAGUGAAUUCUUGGAAGGCCUGGGUGUCUUCUUCAUGCCGCAUCUGCAGCUGUUCUGGAGCAGGUUCAUUCGUGUGGAUGCGGUUGGCAUACUAAGGGACGACCUCAAAAUCUAAUGGGCGCAAAGCUUUCAACAUAUACACCAUGGACUUG